AGUUCACCUGUUCCCUUCUACCUGGAUGUGUGUAGUUGCGCAGAGCCCCGCUAGAUCCCGCUCUCCGCGCAGCCCGUGCAGUGCCGCGCUUCUAUUGUUGUACAAAGUUCAGAUACUGCUGUCACUCGCUUCGCUCUGUUUACGCCUGGAUCGAACAUCACCUGGUGUCGGAUGGGGAUAUCUAUCGAGUUCAUUAUAGUGUUAUUUAGUGUUUGUUGAUGGACUUGCUAUAGUUUUAAGUUGUGUAAAUGUAACUUUUUGAAACUUAUAUACAAUUUCCAUGUGCCUGUUGAUGUCUGCAGCGAGCGCGGUACACAUCAAGGUUCAAUAACUUCGCUCCGGAACAGAGAUGGCGUUCACGAGCACGCUCCUGCCCCUGGCGGCCGUAAGUAACGGGCACUACGCGGCCUCCUCAGCAGAUACCUCGGACUCCGGAGGGGACACGAGCGUCAGCGGUCGCAGUUCACGGCCCGGUCUGCGCACCGUCAGCCUGUGUCGGCGGCAUCGGCAUCAACCCUGCCUGGGCUUCUCGUUGAGAGGCGGCCGCGAGCAUGGCACGGGCUUCUUCGUAUCGGCCGUCGAAAAGGGCUCUGAAGCUCAUCUGCAAGGACUGAUGGUCGGAGAUCAAAUUAUCCGAGUCAAUGGUCUACCUGUCGAAGACGCUACCCACAGGGAGGUACUCAACUUGAUACAGACUCAAAACACUGUGACUUUUAAAGUCAGAUCUGUUGGAAUGAUUCCUGUCAAAGACAGCUACAAUGACUCUCUGACGUGGAGGCUGGUGGAACCGGAACCUGGAGGGGCACCAGAACCUCCAGACAUCACCUCCUCCUCGGGAUUUCCUAACGUGCACCUCUACAUCAAUGUUGCUCCAAAAGCUAAACUUGGUUGUGGAAUCUGCAAGGGACCUGAGUGGAAGCCAGGGAUAUUUGUACAGUUCACCAAAGAGAACAGCCUGGCGAGGAACGCAGGACUGAGGCCUGGAGACCAGAUCAUUCAAUGUAACAACGUUGUGUUUACCCCAGACACACCGUUUACAGAGGCUGUAUCUGUGCUGAGGAGUACAGGAGUGUUGGAACUAGUCAUACAGAAGGGUGCAGGAGUGGAUCUGUUCCCUGGGGAAAGUUCAGGUUACAACAGUUCUGCCAGUAGUGUGGCAGGAGAUCAGAGCCCAGAAACCUGGCCACACAAGAGGCUAUCAAUUGUCAAGGAGGAGUCUGUCAUUGAUUCUGACAGCAGACUGACAUGUAGUGAGCUCAACCGACCAGGAGGUGGAGAGAGAUACAAAGACUCGGACAGGAUGGUACCUUCAGGUCAUCAUCCCGUCAAGCCACAAACAUCAGAUGGUGCAUGUACAGUAAUUCGUGUCGGACCUGAUAUGGAAACAUAUCAAGAUAAUGAACUCAAUCCUUGCAGUAAGUUGGCUGAGAUCUGUAUGGUUUCACAGCAGCUUGAGACCAAAACAACGACAGUGCUUGUAGAAGUACAUCAGAGUGAGGAUGAAGAAACUGUUCAUAACCAGAGUGAUUCAAGCCUCUGUCAGUUAACCAAUAGUUCAUCAGUUAGUUCCUUCUCAAGCAGUGGUGCUAACAGUCUUUGUAGUGCAAUCAGUCAAGAGCUGCAGAGGCGAUCUGAGAAACGUGCCAAAGAAGUAAACGGUGAAGUGAAACCCAAAGUAGAGCUUCACAAAUGUGGAAUGGACAAAGAAAAAGUAGAACAGCAUCAGCAGCUGAUGGAAGAGUUUAGGAGAGCUCAUAAGAAGAUGUUUGCCCACACAUUAAAUGACGAUAAUAAGACUGAUCCUGCUCGUCCUUGUCCCCUAGCUUCUCAGUCUAAAGAGGAAAGAGAAUCGUUCAGAUUGAAAAGACAACAGAAACAAGAACAACAUGCAGCGAAUAUGAGCCAAGAGAGGGUGCUAGUGGCAGUGAAAGAGCGAGACAUAAGGUUGGAGAGAGACAAACAAGAUAUGACCGAGGCAGAGAGGGAACUGACAAGACUGGUGAGAAGGCAGCAGAGCAGCAUCCCUCCCCCACCUCCUCUUCCUCUGGCAGGUGCAGGUCUGAACAGUUUACCGACUGGAGUUAACAACAACUUUACACCUCUGGACUCCAACCUCCCUCCUCUCCCUCCCUUCCCUCCAGACUGCCCAACUCCUGAUUAUGAUAAGGAGAGCCUCUCCUCAGAGCCCAGCAUAAAGAACAACAAUACGAAGGGGUCAUCUACAGCCAGUCACAGUGUUAAUGGAAGCACUAAGAAUGGCAAUGCAGACUUCGUUGAGAUGCAGUCAAUAGAGUCAUUCAAGCUGACCAACCCGUCCGUCUUGAGGCCAAAGCCACCACCAAUAUACUUUCAGCCGAACAUGAAUGGCUCCACUACAACAUCAAGUGCAAGCAGUAAAGUUUCUUCUGACAGUAAACCAAACAUAACGAUCAGGGAGUACCCUAAGAAUACGGACGUGAAGAAUCCUGAGAGGUUUCAGUUCUUAUCACAGAAUGGCUCACACCACACUACCCUGAGCAGUGAUGAACCACUGGUAACGAGACUACAAGACGAGCUCAGUCAGACCCUGUCCAAGGCUAACCUUAGGCAAGACUCCCCCCCGGAUGAGAAGACUGUACCAAGUAGGAUGACAGGAAAGAAUACUGUGACUAUAUCUAUAAACGCGCUACCCAAUCCACUUCAGAAACAAGAGAGCCAGCAUGGCAAACAAGCUCCUUUUUAUCUACACAAAAAUGAAAACUCGUAUUCCAACAAAAACAAUGUCAAUAGUUCAAGAGAGACUCCAAGGAAAAUUAGUACAACGCUGAUUAGUCAAACUUACACAAAUGGCAACGCAGUUAAAAGUGAAGACUUUACAAGCAAAAAUUGUGUUAGUUUUAACCUGAGUCAGCCCAAAGACAGACCUGAGUCAAGAGUGGUUACUGUGGUGCAACCUAAUGGUAUACUGAAGAAUGGGUUGGGUGGGAACAUUGCUCAGGUGCAGAUCCACGCUUCACAAGCACAAAAAUCACCUUCGAAGAGCAUUAAGUUUGCUGGAAUAACUACAGCUGAAGUGCAGGAACCAAAGAAAUAAACUUUCCUGAAGUCAACUACAUUUAACAUUUAUUACCAUAUUUCUUGUAAACUAGCUAUGUAUAUUAUUGUGUAUUACUGUAAAAUAAACGUAAAUUAAGAAUUUUUAA